AUGUCUGUGCCAGCCUCUCCUUUAGAACUUCUCCCCAAUGAGCUUCUAGAUCAGAUUAUCUCCUACUUGUCCACGGAACCCCCGUCAUUUGGACAACUGCAUCAUACACCAAGUCUAAAGAUCACCCGAUCUCCUACAAAAGACCUCAAACAUCUCGAACUGUGCUCACGACGCCUAUCUCAACUUGCGCGACCUCAACUAUUCACUCAUAUCCGGCUCAACCUCCAUGAUGAAUCUAACUUCCACUCGUUCAUGAUCAAAUCGGAUCUCUGUCAAUAUGUGACAUCUCUUGUCGCCAUCGUGGAUGAAACCCCAGAUUGUCAGGUCGACCCAUUUUGGUGGCGUCGAGUCCUCCGCUAUCUAGACCCUCGCCGUAUUCUAGUAGUAGGGCCGCCAGUCUUCAUUGGCAACACUCUAGCUAGCCCGAUCAAUGAUGGACAUCAAUGGGCAUUUGAUAUGCCCCUACAGAUCCUGCUUUUGGAACGGGAGUGCAAAUCCCGUGACUCAUCCCAGCUGCCUGACUUGGCAAAUUGUACUAGUCUUCUGGCAUCACGACUAUGGACAUCGAUGUCUUUUAACGAGUCAUCUUCCCUGAAAGCAUACAACCACUACGAGUACUUCCUUUCCUGUGUCCCAUCGGUUCUUACAGAAUGGGGUACAAGUGGCAUACGCGGAUCAACCCGUACGCUUCAACGCCCAAUUGACCUGCCAGCUCUCUUACGUGGCCUUACAUACUUCUCCUACACAGCCGUGUUUCCAUUUUACAAUCACUCGCAAAUUGUACUGGACGCUAUCGUGAGGAUGCGUUGUCUGCGACGCCUUGAUGUACAAUUGGCUCCCCCCCAGGAUAAUCACAUUACCGAGCUUGAACAACGAGGGUCCAUGAAUCCUAACGAUCCAUGGAUGGAACUUGUAACAUCGUAUUCUCUGAUUGGGUAUACUGUGAAUAACCUGCCCUGUUUAAAAGAGUUCAGGUGCGGUGACCUGCAUGUGGAGGCCAUGCGACAGGAUUUGCUAGCUGUCUUGGACGAUGUUAUCGGGGACGGGGGCUGGGUGCAUGAUGGGCGUGGAGUGUGGAGGCGAUCUUGA